GGAAUUAACACCAUUUACCAUUGUGAGUCUGGUGCGAUUCUCUUAUUUUUUCUCUCUCACACUCAUUCCCUCGGUUAUCAACAAACUGUCGUUUAUGCUAAUGCCGAACACGAACACUGACACCGUCAUUGCUUUUCGGUGAUCGUCAUUCGGCCUCAAGACUUCGUGGUGAUAGGGCCGUCAUCGUUGACGAUUUGUUUAUAUACACCUCUAUUCAGUUCUAUCGUGACAGGAAUAAGAACAGCCAUAUAUACACGCAGUAGGAGAAAGCAAGUGUAAACUUUCUUCUGUGCAUAAAUGGUUGAAAAUGUGAGCGUAAUCAGAUGAUACUUUAUUGAUAAACUGAUUUGAGCCGGCCCGCCUCGGAGUUCUUUACGUAAGCAGAACCAUAAACUUUAAAUUUUCACGCUUGCGAUGGAAAAUUCAACGCUCCAACGCGAAACUGAAGACCAGAAAAACAUGGCAGAAGAUUUAUCGAUCAAUAAAAAUAAGAUCAGUUCCUCGCACUACGCCAACAACUAUAUUUGUCGAUUGUGCUUAAAAAAUGAGUCCCAUAUGGAGCCACUGUUCUACGCGAAUCUAUUUCCGAACAUACUGCUUACCAAAAAGAUAUAUGACUGCACAUCGAUACAGAUAAUUUUUGAGCGCAAUCUUCCGAUGUUCGUCUGCAAGCUUUGCGCUAACAAAUUGGACGAGUACAUUCGAUUUCGUGAACGUUGUGUCGCUAAUGAUGAGUUUUUAAGAAAUGCUCUAGCAUUUUUCGAUGCUGGCCAAAACAUUAUCAAAACGGAACAGGAGCGGGCUCCUUCUCCAAUACAAAUGCAUCAACCUAUGGGCCCAAUUGAUUUCCGCCAAACAAAAAGUGCCAUCGAAACAGAAUCCGAACAGGCAGAAGAUGACGAACCUCUGUAUACGGAUAAGUUUUCUUGCAAUGAAUGUCAAUUCACCGCAAACGAUGAAUCCGUAAUGCGUAGUCAUCAGAAGCUGCACGAAGACAAACCUUAUGCGUGCACGCUGUGUUCAAAGUCGUUCAAGAUUCGACAACAUUUAUUAAUCCACAGUCAUACACACGUGGAUCUACAGCAAACAGCCGAACAAACGAUCGACAUGAAGCCAACAUUCAGUUGCACGAAAUGCACCAAAGUUUUUAUCAAUAGAGGUAACCUGAUAAAUCACUCGGCUGAAUGUCACGGAAACGUGAAAAAUUUCAACUGCGAGAUUUGCUCAAAAUCGUUCAAGUACAACGUUCAACUGAGGAUUCACAUGAGAACACACUCUGGAGAACGACCCCACACAUGCGAAAUUUGUCAUCGUGGAUUUUCUCAGCUUUCGAAUCUGAGAUCUCACCGUAAGGUUGUCCACUCGAAAGUCAAACCGUACAAAUGUCAGCUGUGCCUCAAAAGUUUCACCAUGCUAGAUAAUUUGACGGUACACAGCCUGAAGUGUGUUAAGGAUAAAUACCGUUGUACGUUGUGCUCGAAGUCAUUCGCGAAAGAAGGGAAUCUGAUCUCGCACUUGCAGUGCCACAGCGAAGGAGUUGUAGAGAAAAACUUCAAAUGUGAAAUGUGUCCUAAAAGUUUCAAAAAUAAGGAGGAUUGGAAACGUCAUGUUCGAGUACAUACAGGUGAAAAACCCUACAUCUGCGACAUUUGCAAUAAAGGUUUCGCUCAAAAGGCAAACCUGUUAUCCCAUCGUAAAACCCAUCUCAAGCCAGAGAUCGUAUUUAAGUGUGAACACUGCGACAAAGUAUGCCGAACGCAGAAACUGUUAGAAAUACACCUUCAAAAAUGCGGUACAGCUGAAGCGAAAGUUGCCACACCUACUUCUGAGUUGCCAACAACAACAACGCAAUCUCCGCUGGUGUCUGUACCAGCGACAUCCGUUACACCCACAUUAGAAGCAUUGUCCGACUUACUGCGGUACGAGAUUGCUUUGCGCGCUCCGACUGAACUGCAGGAGAUGUUGCUGGCCACGAUGGAAAAGAAGAAAGUGGCUAAACAAAUGGCACCGGUUGGAAACCGCAACUAUCGGUGUGAGGUUUGUUUUAAGGUUUAUUCACAGUAUCCGAGUUUGGUGAAACAUCGGAAGUUGCAUCUUAAAACACCUCGCUUGCGAACAAAAUCUACUGAUGCAGAUGAUCGCCCUUAUUAUUGUGAUAUAUGCGGAAAGAACUUUAAGUUCAACCGGAAUCUAAAGGUUCAUAUGAAGCUACACACCAAAGCAAAUGGUUGCUUCAAGUGCGACAAAUGCAGCAGCACAUUUGAAGUAGCCGAUCAACUGAAACAUCAUCUACUAGAACAUCCCAUCGAUAUGGAAAAAAUUUUCAACUGCGAGUAUUGUUCAAAUACGUUUAAAUCUAAUGAAGAUUUGAAACGACACCGACGAUCCCAUACAGGUGAACGUCCGUUCAAGUGCGAUACGUGUCCGAAGGCGUUUACGCAGCUGUCGAAUCUGCGUGCCCACACGAAAAUCCACGAGAAAAAGAGAACGGCGUACGGUUGCAACAUUUGCCUGCUUGAGUUGGACUCGUUGGAGUCUCUAAAUAUGCACCUUAGAACGCAUCAGUAUCAGUUGUUCGAACUUUGCAGGGAAAUUAAAUAGGAAAGUCUUUGUCGUUUAUUGGCAAGGGCUUAGUAGAAAACUGUGUUAUCCUAGUAUCCGUACUGUAUAUCUAAAAUAUAUAUUAUACAUAUAUACACUUAACGUUUAUACACCAGUGUUAUUGAAUGUUUGAAACAUGUACUAGUGUGAUCAUAAUAGCGAAUAAAUGUUGUUCAUUUAGA